UAUUUCAUUUUCCGAUAUUUAUGUGUGUAUGAAGCUAAUGAAAAGGAAGCUAUUGAAAAAGGUAAUGAUGAAGAAGAUAUUUCUCUCUGCAAAAAUGUUAUAGAUGAGGAUAAUAUAUGGGAUGGAAAAAUUCAAAACAUUUGUGAACAAUUUAUAAAAUAUUUUAUAUUUUCUUCUAAAAAUGGAAAUAAUAUGGGCGUACAAAAAGAGGAUUAUUGUAUAGAAUAUUUUAACUAUUGGCUUAAUGAUAAAUUAAGAAGUCAUGUAGAGUUGUCCGAAAAUAGAUCUAAGAUAUAUAAGCACUUUGAAA